GUAAAUAGUGAACCAGUGCUGUGUUUUCCUUAAUUUUUCCAGUUUUAUUAGAUAAUCUCAUACACAACUACAAAACAACUUGUACAACUAUACUAUGUCACCUUUAAGUAAUAUAAUGGAAUAUAUUUGGGAUAGAAAAGAAAACUUCUGUUGUUUAUGCCUUAGCGCUGCAGUCGAAGAACUUAUUCACGUAGAAGACGAAGUUUUUAUUACAUUUAAUAACAAAGAGAGCUUUGUGCAGAUUUCCGAGCUUCUAUGCAGUGUUUUGAAUCGUGAGGUUCUUGAUUAUCUUCUAACAUUCAAACAAGUGUGCCAGUUAUGUUUACAAUCUGCACUAAGAAGCUAUAUCUUCCUGAAAACAAGCCUAUUUAAUUCUGAUCUUCUCACUAAUACUAUAAAUGGUCUUUUAAACAGCAUAAAAAACACAGAAGAGGAAACCCAAAGUUUUAAAACUUUAUUUGUAUCAUUGAACACAGAAGAUUUUUCUAGCAAACAAUUUUAUGAUGUAAGAAAACGUGUAACUAGUCUGUCUAUGGCUCAUCACAGAUAUAAACUGUUAGACUCCCUAAAAAUAAAAUCUGAAUGUGAAAAAACUGAGGAAACAAUUAAGUCACAAGGUAAUUGUGUAGUACCAAUCAGUACUAAAGACAUGAUGUAUGAUAGUAACAGUUCAAUAAUCAGAUGUAAAGAAUGUUUAAAAGCGUUUUUCUCAAUGCUAAAUCUAAGAAAUCAUUAUAUAAGGGUACAUGCUCCUAAACUAUACAAAUGCACAGAAUGCAAAAAGGCUUUCGGGUCACCAUCUUAUUUAGAAACGCACAAAGCUCAGAAACACAGCACAAUUAUUUGUAGUGAAUGUGGGAAGACCUUUAAAAAUCAACGCUCAUUUAAAUGUCAUGAGAUGAGCCAUUUAAUGAGGUUUGUGUGUCAAGAUUGUGGAAGAGUAUACAAAAAUAAAUCAACAUUCAAAAAACACAUUGAAUUGAAUGUGUGCAGUCAGAAAACGAGAGCUUCACCAGCUAAUGCAAAGUACACAUGUGACUACUGUAAUAAGAAAUACACGCAAAAGGUUUCUUUGCGUGUCCACAUACAAUAUGAACAUGGCAAUUACAAAUACCAUGUUUGUAAUGUGUGUAACAAGAAAUUUUGGGCCCAGAGUAGAUUAAAAGCUCAUAUGGUAAAACAUACUAAAGAAAAAAACUUUGCUUGCUCAUUAUGUGAUGGCAAAUUUGUAACUAAAGAGGCUUUACUAUACCAUACUCGAAUACAUACAGGUGAAAAACCAUACGAGUGUACAGGAUGUGAUGCCAGAUUCCUUUCAGCAUCACGGAGAACUGACCAUUUUAAGAGACAUCACACAAAUGCUACAUUAGAGUGUGAUAUUUGUGGUAGUAAGUUUAAUUCUCGAAAUUAUCUUCAUAAACAUAAAAGGGGACAUUUUAGCUCCAAUCCUCGAGCUAACAAUGAUUCUGAUAAUAUCAUAAAUCUCACACCGCAAAAGGUGAAUGAAGUGGAGUUCAAAAAGUUGACGCAGGAGCUUAAAAGAUUUUCUAAUGAGGAUUACAAUAUCAACGAUCAAAAUGAAAUCUAUCUGGAAUUUAGUAAUAAUGAUGGUUAUACUAUUAGUGGAAUAUGAAACCAACAAAGCAUAUUAUGAAAAAAUCAACUUCUCUCAAGGGACAGCAAAUGCACUUUGCACACUAUACAUUAUUAUCUCAGCAACAACUGUUUAAACAGCAAACAGAGAAGGGAAAUCAGCAAUAUAUUGAGACUUCAAAUUAUCCAAUCAUUUUCUAUUACUUAGUUAUAAUUUGAUAAUUUUUCAAAAUUAAUGAUCACCAAUGAUAACAUUGUGGAAUAAUAUCAUUUAUACUUUAAAACUUUACAGAUUUUACAUUGUCAU